AUGGCCCCUCCCACCGCCACCGAAACCACCAUUUUCUCUUCCGUUCCCACCCAAACCCAUUCCACCCAAGAAUCGGCUGCCGAAGCCGCCAAAGUGAAGAACACUCCCCAGAAAUUCCCCCAACCUCCAGUCUUCGAAGACAAGUACAAAGAGCGCGAGUACCUCAAAGGCCGACUGGCAGCCGCAUUCCGCAUUUUUGGCAAGAAUGGCUACGAUGAAGGCGUGGCAGGGCAUAUCACACUCCGUGAUCCAGUCGACCCAACCACCUUCUGGGUGAACCCCUUUGGCCUAGCAUUUUCGCAGAUCAAGGCAUCCGACUUGAUCCAUGUGAGCCAUGCCGGGGAGAUCAUUGGCGGCGGGCCUGUCCGGCUGCUCAAUGCUGCUGCUUUUAUGAUUCACUCGGCCAUUCAUGCUGCUCGUCCGGACGUGCUCUGCGCUGCGCACAGCCAUAGCAUUCAUGGACGAGCUUUUUGUACUCUCGGACGGCCGCUGGAUAUCAUCACGCAGGAUGCGUGUGCAUUCUACAAUGAUAUCGUCCUGUACAAUCAGUUCAACGGCAUCGUGCUAGCCGAAGAAGAAGGGAAGAGCAUCGCUCAAGCCCUAGGCACCAAGAAAGCCGCACUCCUGCAGAACCACGGGCUUCUAACAGUAGGACAGUCCAUCGAGGAAACUGUAUUCUGGUUCGUCAGUCUGGAGAAGUGCUGCUACGUGCAGCUCAUGGCCGACGCCGCAGCCGCAGGCCGGGGCGGACAGACCGUCAAGGUAGACGAAGCGGACGCAGCAUUCACAUACAAGUCCGUCGGCACACCAAAGGCAGGGUAUUUCAGCGCGAAACCCAUGUUCGAUUUGAUCCACGAGGAAACCGGAGGAAGCUAUCUGAACUAG